UUCUUCGUUUCUUCUAUCUCUGGUUCUCCAUCAGAUCUUGUGGAAUUUCAGCACUUGGCCCCACCACCGGAUCUCCUUGUCUAUAAUCUCCGGUUAAAAUCUCUCCGGAGGUACCGUUAUUGGCUGCGUUAGGGUUUGGUUUUGGCAUCUUGUUGACGGAAACUGGUCGUUUUCUUAUCUUAGAACAGAGGAACAAGAUGACUUGUGAGAGAAUCGCCAAUUUCGCUCUUGCAGUUUUGGCAAUGGCACCACUUGUUAUCAACGUAGAUCCAAAUUUGAACGUUAUCCUGACAGCAUGCCUCACAGUUUAUGUGGGUUGCUAUCGGUCUGUGAAGUCAACUCCUCCAACAGAGACUAUGUCUAACGAACAUGCGAUGCGGUUUCCAUUUGUUGGAAGUGCUAUGCUGCUUUCCCUUUUCCUAUUGUUCAAGUUUUUCUCGAAAGACUUGGUCAAUGCUGUCCUCACAGCCUAUUUCUUUGUGCUCGGGAUCAUAGCUCUUUCGGCAACACUGUUACCGGCCAUCAAAAGAUUUUUACCACAGCCUUGGAAUGACAAUGUUAUUGUCUGGCGAUUUCCUUAUUUUCGGUCUUUGGAGGUAGAGUUUACAAAGUCGCAGGUUGUUGCUGCGAUCCCUGGAGCGUUUUUCUGUGCAUGGUAUGUUUGGGGAAAACAUUGGCUGGCUAACAAUAUUCUUGGUCUCGCAUUCUGCAUUCAGGGAAUCGAGAUGCUCUCUCUUGGAUCUUUUAAGACUGGUGCUAUCCUCUUGGUAGGACUUUUUUUCUAUGAUAUUUUCUGGGUCUUUUUCACCCCAGUUAUGGUUAGUGUUGCAAAAUCCUUUGAUGCACCAAUAAAGCUUCUAUUUCCUACAGCUGAUGCAGCAAGACCUUAUUCUAUGCUUGGGCUUGGCGACAUUGUCAUUCCCGGUAUUUUCGUUGCUCUAGCACUAAGAUUUGAUGUAUCAAGGGGCAAACAACCCCAGUACUUCACUAGUGCUUUUACUGGAUACAGUGUUGGUGUCAUACUCACAAUUAUAGUCAUGAACUGGUUCCAAGCUGCACAGCCUGCUCUGUUAUACAUAGUCCCGGCCGUAAUCGGGUUCUUGGCCGUUCACUGCAUUUCAAACGGUGACAUCAAACCGUUGAUGGCGUUUGAUGAGUCGAAGACAGAAGAUGACAAGCCUCAAGAAGAGAGCCAUACGAAAUCUGAGAGUAAGAAGGAUGAAUGAAUGAAUGAAUGAACGAAAGAGAACAACGUAGGUGUUGUGUUGUUUAUGUUAGCUCGGAGACAGGGAGACAAUUUUGCUCUUUUUCAGAUCUUUUAUGCAAAUUUUACUUGGAACCAUUAAAAAGUUGGUGGUUUUUUUUUUU